GAGGUGUUGAAAAUGGAGGAAAGGAGCGUCGAGAAGAGCAAGAGUUCUUCAUCGCUGCCGGCUGCUGAGGUAUCUGGUAUCCACACUACUGGAUCCGGACAGUUCUGGCCCGCAGCCUCACUGGUUCCACACACUGCAGAUGCGACGGCUUCGGGUGCAGCGAGGCCGUAGUAACAGUGACCCAUGGAGCCAGAAAAACUGCCAGGACCCCUUCAUUUGGAAACCAGGUCUUCAGUUUGGAACAGCCAACUCAUACGUGAGCCUGGAGAAAGUUGGUGAAGGCUCAUACGCAUCCGUUUAUAAAGGCAUCAGCAGGAUCAACGGGCAGCUUGUGGCGCUGAAGGUGAUCCAGACAAAGACAGAGGAGGGCAUGCCGUUCACUGCCAUCAGAGAAGCCUCACUGCUCAAAGGCCUGAAGCACGCCAACAUCGUCCUCCUGCAUGACAUCAUUCACGCCAGAGACUCGCUCACCUUCGUUUUCGAAUACGUGCAGACGGACUUGGCCCAGUACAUGAACCAGCAUCCUGGAGGUCUACACUCUCAUAAUGUGCGGGUCUUCAUGUUCCAGUUGCUGCGUGGUCUCACCUUCAUCCACAACCGCCGGAUCCUCCAUCGAGACCUGAAGCCCCAGAACCUGCUCAUCAGCUACUUGGGAGAACUCAAACUGGCCGAUUUUGGUCUGGCUCGUUCCAAAUCUAUCCCCUGUCAGAGCUUCUCCUCCGAUGUGGUGACGUUGUGGUACCGCCCGCCUGAUGUCCUGCUGGGAUCUACAGAUUACUCGACAGCACUGGAUAUCUGGGGCGCUGGUUGCAUCUUCGUAGAGAUGCUGCAAGGUUCGCCGGCAUUUCCAGGAGUCACAGAUGUGUUCGACCAGCUCCAGAAAAUCUGGAUGGUGCUUGGAAUCCCAUUAGAGGAGAGCUGGCCCGGAGUCAGCCGGCUGCCCAAUUAUCAGCCGGAUUGGUCUCUUUCCUGUAAACUGAAGCCAAUUCGCUCUGUGUGGAAAAGGUUGAGUCGACUCCCAUACAAAACUGAAGACCUAGUUCAGAAGAUGCUCAUGCUGCCGCCUGCAGACCGGAUCUCAGCGGCAGAUGCCCUGGAACACCUGUAUUUUAACUCCUUGCCGCCGCCCGUCAUGCACCUGAGGGACAGUAAGAGCCGACCCCUUCGUGCAGGUGGUCAUUGCGAUCAUUUAGCAUCCCGUGUCAAUCUCUUGUCUUUUCCCAGCCAUGUCCAUCUUCAAGGUGGCCGGCGUCCAUUUGGAGACAGAGUUCCGCAACACCUUCAAUCCUAGCGAGCGAGUCAAACCUUCAUUUCUGCCUAACGCCAAGUUUUGGUGACAUCUUCAGCCUGGGAAGAUGAGCAAUCAGUUAAACCUGAACAUUGUGAUCUUUUUCCAUGCACAAAUAACACGCAAUUUUGACCCAGGCCAAGAGUAUUCUCAUAAUAAAUAUGUAUAUCCAAUUAUGAACUAUAGCGCUUUAAAAAUAAUAAAAAUAAUAGCCUGCCUGACAUAAAUAUAUGAAUGAUUAAGCACAAUUUUUCAUGGAAAAGGGAAAGUGUAUUUUUGCAGGAACAGCGGUACCUUGCGAUACGAGUCACCUGACUUACGAGUUUCAGCGAUACAAGUCGUCGCGUUUGCCCUGACUUGCCAGAAAUUGAGAUAGGAGCGCUGUAUGGUGGCAGAAGUGAACCAAUUAUUUUAGGGUGUACCCCGCCUCUCGCUCAAAGUUAGCUGGGAUAGGCUCCAGCACACCUGUGACCUUUUGGAGGAUAAGCAGUACAGAGAAUGGAUGGAUGGAUGGACAGACAGGUAGCAUCAGUGUUGUAACCUUUUCAGCAAUGGAUAUUUGAACAGCACCAGUGGGGCAACACAUGUAGUCACACAAUAUAACAAUACUCACUGUAUCAUUUCUUUAUCAUUUGGGAAAAAUGACUAAUAUUACUGCAGCUUACUGAGUCAGUUGUGAAAGUCGAAUUCGUGAGUGUUUCUGUCUGUAUUAUACUGCCCCCAGGUGGCCAAAGCACACAUACCACAAGGAGAAUUGGAAUGUCUAUUGAAUUGAAGAAAAAAAUGUGGCAAAAACUAUUUACAUUUAUGUAAAUAUGUCAUUAAUGUAUGAUUUUAAAAACCUCAAUUUUAUAGUGCUAUUUUUCUUAUUAAAAACACAUUACAAUC